GAAAUGAAUCUGCGCCAGUAAACUGUUUCUAUAGCAGCAGCAAAGCUGGAAAACAGAGCUGGGCAGAGGUAGCACAAGUUUCCAACCUCCCAAGGCUUCUAGGCUGAUAUUCUUCUGCUCUGCUCCUCCUGAAUGAUACAUGUAGGAGAUGCAGCCUGAAAAGUCAAAGGAAUUCACUACUUCUAAAAUGAUUCACGCACACAACUUGGCACCUAGUUUCAAAUCCCGUGUUUUUCUGUCCCGGCCACUGAAAACUUGUGUAUCAAGGAGAAGAUAAAAUAAACUAAGGCUUUGCUGUAAAAAUGAUCUGUUCCAUCUGUAGCUCAAGGCUUACUACAAAUAAAAAUAAAAACAACUAAACCAGAACAAAACAUAGGCAUGUAGCCAUCUUUGACUGAUUAUAUUGCCAUCCGAAGGCCCAUUACUUGGUAGCAGGAGCCAGUAAGACGAAAGCAGAAGAUGAGAUUCCACACCUACCUCUUGGUUUUUAUAACAGACUUAUUUGCCACUGCUUUCAUAAAUGUAACAGUCACUUUAAGAGGGGCUCAGGUUGAUUUUCAAGGGAGCAGCAACUACAAUUGCCACUGUGGGUUUAGUAUCUGGAGGAUGCUCUGUGGGGGAGAAGGGGGGAGAAGCGCUCUCUCGCUUUUGUUUUUCUUUCUCUCUGUGCAGACAAAUAGACACACUGAGUUCAAUUGAGGCAGAGUACAUAAAGAACCUACAGAAAGAAGUCUACCUACUGGAACUCGAGACAUCGUUUCUAAGAGAGCAGGCAAAAAAGGCUGCUAGUAUUCAACCAAAACUCACCACUCAAGCAGAAAAAGUGUUGCAGAAGAUGAAGGAAUUACAAUCAGAAAUAAAUACUGCUCAGCUGGAACUUGGAAAGAAAGAGAACACCACCAAGUUUUUCAAGGCAGAAAAUCAAGCCACGCAUGAACAUCUGCAAACUUUGUCAGCUGCCAAUACUAGAGAAAAGUUCUUAUUAAUGGAGGAUGUCACAAAGCUGAAGAAACUGGCUGAGAUUGUCAAUCAGGAUAUUUCACACAAAGAAGCAGAGCUACUAAGAGUCCAACAAGAACUACAGAAAGCCAUGAAUUCUGUUAAAGAAAAAGAACAUGAUAUCCAUCAUUGGGAAAACCAACUCCUCCAACAGAUGCAGCAACACCAGGAUAUGGAAGCAAAGCUUGUGGAAAAUAGAUCAGAAUGUGUAAGAGUGCAGGCGUUGCUUCACCAGCUGGAGGAGAAAUACCUUACUAGCUCCAAGGCUGUACAGCAGCAUAUUGCUAAAGAACUUGGUGAAGAAACUGAAAAACUAAAACAGCAGCUCAAAGAAAAAGAACUUUCUGCUGAUGAGGAUAAAUAUCUACGCUACAAGAUGGCAGAAGAUUGUGGAUAUCUGACAAAAGAAAAUGGUCUCUUACAGUCUCAAGUUCUGGAAGCCACCAGACACCUAGAUAGAGAGAGGCAGCUGAGAGAGAAGGAAAGCAGCUGCCAUACAAGGAGGAUUUCUGAGCUAGCCUGUGAAAAGGAAGAAGAACGACAACUUGAGAUGGAGCUCACUUACCUGAAGAGACUACUGCAGGAUGAAAGACAGAAAGCUCUUGCUGCACAAGAACAGGUACUACAUCUCCAGCAAGUAAGGAAAUCUGUAGAUCUAAACGGGCAGUCACUUCAGAGCCAGCUACAAGAUUUAGAAAGAAGAUGGUCAAGAGCUCAACUGGAAAAUUCAAAGCUGCGAACAGAAAAAACUCAUUUGGUAGAACACAUUUCUCAGUUACAUCAACAGCUUUCUGAGAAAGAAGAUGAAAUCCGUCACAUGUAUGCACAUGUUAAUACUAUGUCCUAUGACCUCAACAGUCUGAAAUCUCAAGUGGAAAUAGAACAUACCUUGCACAGAGAAAGAUGGAAAGACUUCUCCAAUAUUCUAUCAUACAAAUCACCUGCAAAAUGAGCUCUAUUUAGGGAAAUCGCUCACUUUUUCAGUAACUGACCCAAUAAUUUUUAAAAUGAAACUAACCCUAAAUUAGUUUAUUAAACUCCCAUUGUAAAAAAAGUGUGUCUUGAGGAACCUAUAUAAAGCAUACUGCUCUUCAAGAAGUGUUCUGCAUUUCUGCACAGUAAAUGAAACCAGGUCAUAUCAGAAUCAUCUGGAGCCUGGGGAGAUAAACUAAGAACACUGAGUGGAAUCUGCAUGAUCAGCUCUUGUGAAGCUGCCCUUCAACUGAAAAAAACAACUCAUUUAGCCACUUCAAUUGCAAGGAUAGUCUCACAUAGUCAUCACUCCUAGGUGGCAGGCUCUGCCAUGCAGAAACAUGCUUCCUGAAUUUAACACUACAAAUUAAAUAGAAAAUCCAUUAGUUACUUUUUAAAAUUGUCUUCAUAUAAUGAAUUGUUUAAAUGAAUGUUCUUGCUGCACCAGCUCUAACAUCCUCUACCAAAAGCAAAUGUAUCAACAACAAUAUACUACAUUCUAAAGUUGUAGCAACCUUGAAAGCCUGAGAAAGUUAAUGAACUUUUGGCAUUCAGGAUUAUCGUCUAUAUGUCAACUCUGAAAUUAAGGAAAAAAUAUCAAGUUCAUUCUCAGCUUUCACAAACAUUCCUUUUGGCUCAAAUUAAGUUAUGUCUCAAAACAAAGAUGACAAUUUUGGAAGUUUUGAACCAAAUCCAUUUACUCCUUUUCAGAUGAGAAAACAGACAAAAAAAAAAAAAGAGGUUUCUAUAGCAAUGUCAGUUUUGCCAAACUGCAUAUAAGGUUGUACAUCUCUAGCUUCAGAUACAAUCUUGCUCUGCAUACUGCCAUUGAAAAUGCUGCUGCUAAGAUCAAUUUCUUAGCCUUUCACUUUGACCUCCAUAAUGAAUCUGCAUUACUCCUCUACCCCCCUUCUCUAACAUAUCAAACAUAAGUCUUCACUUUCAUGGCCCUUCAGAACGUAUCCCCUCUCUACCCAUCAUCAUCUCAUUAAUAAUCAAGAUGUUAGCUCCUGCUUUGGUUGAGUCCAUGCUGCUCGUCUCCUUUGCUCAUGUGCCCCUCCUCCUUUUCCUCCUACCCUCUGAUCAGCUCUCAGUGGGAUACACUGGAAGGGGGAAGCACAGGUGUGACAGGCUCAGUGGAGAGGGUAGGAAGUGGCAGGAACCUAGGCGGAAAGGGUGGAGGAGGACAGCGCCUAGGGCAGAGCUGAGGGUUGAACAGUGAGCACCCGCAGGCCCAGUGGAAAGUUGGCACCUGUAGCUCCAGCCCUGGAUUUGGUACCUAUGUAAGGAGCCACAUAUUAACUUCUGAAGAGCCACAGGUUGGCCACCCCUGAUUUAGACAGUCACUGGGAGGAGAUAGGGAAACCCCUUUGGUGCUCUGCAUAGGUCACAAAGAGCUACGUAGAACUGAGAAAGGCCUGUGUCCUCUCCAGAUAGAAAGCCAGCGCCCGACACACCCAGCACAUGGAGGCGUUUCUCCCCCAUUGUUUGCAUAAAGCUUGGGGUAGAAGACUAGCAGAAAAAAUGUCCUGGCCUAUGGGGAAGGUGGAGACCACCUUGGGAAGAAAGGCCAGUGUGGCCAAAGCUGGAACUUGUCUGAAGAACGGGGUAUACAGAAGUUCUAACGUUAGCGCUCGGAACUCCAACACCCUUCUGGCUGAGGUAACAGCAAUCAGGAAAGCUACCUUGAAGGAGAGUAGUGACAGGGUGCACAUGGCUAGUGGCUCAAAUGAACCCAGGAGCUUUGUCAGGACCAGGUUCAGGUCCCACUGCAGGAGAGGGUCCUUAACUUGGGGUUAGAGUCUCCGCAGACCCCUUAAGGAACUGAGAGGUGACCCCAUGGAAGAAAACUGAUUGACCUUGAAGCAGCAGGCGAAAAUUAGAUAUGGCGGCCGUGGCCGUGGACAGGCCCUGCUGCUUCAGGGGCAGUAGAUAGUCCAGGAUUGGCUAAAGGGAGGCCUCAUCCGGAACCACCCACCUUGCCACACCUAUAGGGAGAAACGGGUCCAUUUAGCUGCGCACGUGUUGUGCACUGAGGAUUUACACCUCUCAAGGAGGACCUGCUGUACAACACCCCAACAUGCCAGCUCCUGCAGGUUCAGCCACAGAUGAACCACACUGUCAGGUGGAGCGAGCUAAGGCGCAGGUGAAGUGGUCAACUUUGGUUAUGAGAUAGCAGGGGCCUCAGCAGCAGCCUUCUGAAUGCGACACCAGGUUCAUUAGUGCCACAAACACGAGCUGGCCAGGCUAGGCCAGCAUGAUGAGGAUGACCAUCGCCUUAUCCCUCUUGACCUUUCGAAGGACCUUGCCUAUGAGUGGAAAUGGAAAGGUGGUGUACAGGAAGCCUUCCAACCAUCUGAACAGCAAUGCAUCUGGCAGAGAGUCCUGCUCGAGGCCAAACCUGGAACUGAACCAACUGAACUUUGCUUUGUGUUGUGUCGCGAAGAGAUCCACUAGGGGAUAUGUCCAGUCUCAGAAGAGGGAGGCAGUCACCUCAGGGUGGAGUGCAAACUCGUGGCGAGAACUCUCUGCUAAGAGUGGUGGGCUUCCGGUGUGACACAUGCAGGACAUAAAACUCCCAGAGCCACAUCGCCUCUACGCAGAGUUCUGGAGAUCGAGCUCCACCUUGUCUGUUUAUGUAACACGAUGGCUGUGCUGCCCGUAAGUAGUACACCACCCUGCCUUCUUGGUGCAGUAGGAACACCUCGCAUGCGUUCCGUAUCACCCAGGGCUCUUUCAUGUUUAUGUGGCACACCCUUUCUUAAGGGGACCACAUGCUUUGGGUGUGAAGGGUGCCCAUGUGGACUCCCCAACUGCAGUCUGAUAUGUCAGCUCCCUGGAAUGCAGUCGAAGAUGGUAUGCAGGUCCUGUUGGGCAUGCCAUUUGGGCCAUCCACCAGGCCAGGGCCGACAGGACCCUGGGUGCCACCAUCACUAUCUGUUCAAGGUGCCUUGCUGGGCCAUAAACUGACGCCCACCACAGCUGGAGGGGCCUUAUUCUGAGCCUGGCCAGAGGUACCACAUAUGUUCAAGCGGGCAUAUGGCCCAGGAUCUGUAAAUACACUCAUUCUAUAGACAUGAGGAUGACCAUGAGCUGAUCAAUUAGAUUCAAAGUGCUCUCUGUCCUCUCUUGGAGGAGUGAUGCUCUGGCUGUAGUGCAGUUCAGGACUGCUUCUAUAAACGCUAUCCUCUGGCUGGGCACCAAGAAGGAUUUCUUUUCAUUUAUUAGGAGGCCAAACCAACAGCACAUUCAGGAGGCGGUGGACAUCCCACUGAAUCUACCUGUUGGAUGGCCUCUGGAUUAGCCUAUCAUCAAGUAAGGGUACACCUGGACCCCCCAAGGCCUUAGGUAUGCUGCCACCACCACCACACUUGGUAGAGACGCUGGGGGCCAUAGACAAACCAAAGGGAAGGGUUUUCUUACAACUACAAAUCUCAGGAAUCGCUUGUGGCCCUCAAAGAUGACGAUGUGGAAAUAUGCUGCACUCUACCUCAAAGAUGCCUAUCAGCCCCCAGUAUUCAUAUUGCGGAGAAUGGUGGCCAGGGAGGCCAUACAGAACCUGAAGUGGGCCAAAUAUUUGUUGAGGCCCCGGAGGUCCCUGUUGGCCUUGGGAAUAAGGAAGUAUCGAGAGUAGAAACCCGUUCUUGAACUCACGUGGUACCCCCUCCACUGCUCCCACCUGGAACAAAUGGGACAGCUUCUGUUCAAGGAGUUGCUUGCGAGAGGGGUCCCUGAAGAGGGAUGGGAGCGGGAGUGAGGGGAAGAGACAAGAGCUGGAGGGUGUAGCUAUAUCAGACAGUGGCCAGGACCCAAUGGUCCAAUGUAAUUUCCAUCCAUUCCAGGAGGAAGGGAUGGAGCCUGGCUGAGAAUAGGCAGGCAGGAUCCUGGGAUUCCAGUAUGUCAUCUUCGGGUACACCCACAAAAAGGAGCACUUGCCCUGGGACUUGGGCUGGCUGGUCAACUGCAGGCCAGAUAAAGGACAGUGGCCUUGCUUUCAUGUCAGAGGCUUAGAGAGUGAAGGGGCCCUUUCUAGGUGAGGGUACUGGCCUCUUUUGGGGGGGACUUGUUGCUUAAACCAUUUCCUCAGACCCAGGAACACAGAGGCCCAAAAGGAUUUCAAGGUAACGCAGUAGUCGUUAAGCCUGUGCAACGUUGUGUCUAUCUGUUCUGUGAACAGGGCCCCUGUGACAAAUGGCAGGUCUUGAAUAGAGUUCUGUGCCUCCAGGGACAGACCUAACAGGAGCAGCCAGGCCACCUACCUAAUACAAAUGUUGAAAGCCAUGGAUCGAGCCACCAAGUCUGCAGCAUUGAUGCCAUUUGUAGAGCUACCAGAACCACUGACUAACCUUCUUCAACAAGGGUCUUGAAACUCCUUGAGACACACUUUGGGCAAGGAGGCCUCAAAUUUUGCCAGCACCUCCCUGUGUUCAUACCAUGUGGUGCAAACAAGGCCUAGUGGUUCACCAUCCUCAGGUAGAAGCUGGCUGAAGAGUGGACCUUCCUUCCACACACAGUCUUUAUUCUUAGGGGUGAGUGCUGGCUGGCCCUUGCACUCCCUGUGGUUCAGACUCCACCAUGAGGGAGCUUGGUGGUGGGUUGGUAUAAAGAUAGCCGUGGUCCACCACUGGCACAAAGUACUUCUGCUUUGCUUCUUGGCUAUUGGUGGAAAGGAGGAGAGUGUCUGCCAGAGCACCAUGGCAAUUUUGGCAACCACCUCACGUAGGGGCAACGCCACCCUGCCUGGGUCCACUUGACCCAGGACUGUGAACAGUGAGUCUGACGAUUCCUUCACCUCCUCAGCUUGGAGGCCCUGCCCAUUGGCUACCCUCCUGAGUAGGUCCUGGUGGGCAUUCGAGUCCUCCUGAGAAUCCGCCAGGGGGAACAACACGAUCACCUCAUCUGGGGAUGAGGAGGCAGGGGCUAGCUGGGCUUCCUCAUCUUGGUGAGGCUGAUUGUCUACACCCAUCUCCUGGUGUGGGGUGGAGAGCAGAGGAAGAGGGUGUGCCCAUAUCUCCUUAGGGUCCCCUAGGCCCUGUCAGCACUGAUGAGGCCUGGGAUGGAUCAACAAUUGAACAAGUAACCUGGGGCUAAACCCAGGGAGUCAACGGGCACCACUGAGCCCGUGGCCAUGGUGUGCUCUGCGACAGUACUGGCGGCACUGAAGUCAACGGUGCAGUCUGUUGUGCAGUCUGCUCUGCCGGGAGGAUGGAGGCCACAGUCAACACCACACUACCAGAGUGGAUGCUUACCGAUACUCAAAGAGGACAAGUGGGAGCAGCAGCCUUUCCAGUGCCAGAUUUCCGUCACUGACGAGACUGCAGCCACCUGGAGUGUCAGCGGGAACUUCUGUGCCCCAACAACGCUCCUCAAGUCUGGUGAAUGGUGCUAGACCAAGGUAUCACCAUGCCGAGAUGGAGACCAAGAGAAACGGGAUGCACCUCUGCCGCUGGAUCGCCUUGAUAACGAUGAGCAUCUACAGCCCGGCAAACGGUAUUAGUGCCAUGGCAAGGGCGAGUACAGAGAGUCACUGUCUCCUCAUACCACUUUAGGUAUAUCUUAGGUGGUCUUAUACAUUUUCAGGAGGCAAAGAGAAAACCUGUUCUACCUAUCUAGAGAACAUCCACAUUCUAUUAGUGAAAAAGAUAUGAAGGACUCUACCAAUAUUAUGAACCUUUAGUCAAUUAUUCACUACUGUACAUUUUAUUCUCCAACUUGCAUGCAACUUCUUGCUUGAGGUCAGUAAAAAGUCAAUUGGAAGAAUGUGUUAUACUGCUUUUCCACAUAUAAAACUAAGUUUCUAUUCUGCUGGCCCUUAUUUAAGGGUGUAGCUUUGGUCUUCAGAACUACCCCUCUUCUUCAUGUGGAUACAAAGUUUUUUCUAUCUUGGAGUUAUCAGGGUCCCAGACUGCUGUCAAACUCCUAUUGUUCUUAUGACAAAGGCACAUGCUGACCAACAGGGAAGAGCAGUUAUCCCUUACUAACAAGGUAAGCCUAAAUACUACAGAAGUUUUUUGGUUGAAAGGCUUAUUAAAACUUCAACUAUGCAAUGUCUUUGUAACUAAACCACUGGAGUCCUGAGGCACCUUAAAGAUUUAUAGAUAUAUUUGGGCAUAAGCUUUCCUGGGAAAAAACCCACUUCAGAUGCACAGGACUCUUCAUUGAUUUUGCAGAGAGACUAACGCAGCUACAUCUCUGAUAAUUGUUACUAACCACUGUCAAGAGUAGUGCUGAAGCCAUCUCUACUCUACAAACCAUGAUCAAUGCAAAUUACACUGGCAUACAGCAGCCAAAUUCUGCACAUCACUUGGACAGGUAUAUACCUACUUGCUUCCACUGGUGCUGCGCAUGCUCAGCAAGAGCACUUUUGUCAAUGGAGAAGUGCACAAUGGAUAGAUACCUAGUGUGCCAAAUGCCAUUGUCUGGUGCAAUUCUUUUGGGGACAUCUUUGUACUGAAUAAAAAUUAUUCACCCAGUGAUUUCUAGGAGCUGAGCAUCAAGUUCCCAGCAUGCAACUUUCUCAGUGCCAUUAAGCCAUCCGUAUCAGAUAAUUUCAUGUUUAAAAAAAAUGCAUACAAAUCCAUUUACUUUUCCAUGUCCACCAUCUCUGACAGUGCAAAAGUUUUGAAGCUUCCAUGAUUCUAUGUGGCAAAUGCAGAACAUACAGCACUCCUUGAUUUGCAAACCUGCAGAAAAUACUGCAACCAUAGGAGGACCUUACAAUUUCUUCACUGGCAGUAUGCUGAGGGACAUUGCCUCCAACAACCUUUUUUUGCUUUCUCAAAGGAGCUACAGAGGGUAGAGCACUGAUGAGUGGACUCACACUGUAAUGCAGGUUUGGGAAAUGUAGUGACUGCAAAAGUUUUAGAUUUGAAAAUACAUAUUUCUUUGAUCUGUGAACCCAGGUCGCCCCAGCUCUCCAACACAGGGACAGCAGAAUGAGAGCUGUGUUGACGGAAGUUAGUAAUGAUUGCACUGUGGACGCUUGUAACAUCAAAUUCUUACUGGUUAGUAGGAAAUCAUUUUGCAGCCAAAAAAAAAAAAAAAAAAAAA